AUGUCAACAUCCAGAAGGCGCAGAGCUGUCCAAGAAGCAGACCAGACAGGGGAAAGUGCGGCAUCAGACUGCGAAAACGUGCAGAUGGCGGAAGCGACCAACGAGUACAAACGUGAAGAGCGCAGUCACAUGGAGGGCGACGACAAGCAAAACAACAGCAGUAACGACGAUAUUUUGAAAUUUUUAGCCGAAAGAAUUCUCCAGAAUGAUCGAAACAAUGGAUGCGGCGUCUCAGUUGAGAGCUUCGCGAAAAUCAUACCGUGUUUCGAUGGGGUAUCGAUUCCGAUUAGGCAGUGGCUGAAUAACUUUGAUGAAAAUUCGGAAGCAUAUGAGCUGAAUACGUUGUUAAAUGAGUUUGAACAAAAACUAAGCAGCGCUGAAGUACAUAAACAGUUGGCGACGCGUAAAAAACUAAUUUCCGAAAAUUUCCAUGAGUAUGUUUUACAAAUGCGAAAAAUAGCAGCGCUUGGCUGUAUUGAAGAAGAGUCGGUAAUUGCGUACAUAGCUGACGGUGUAGAUAUUCGCGAGGACAGGAAAUAUCCUCUUUACAGUGCAACAUCGUAUAAGGAAUUAAUAAAAGCGUACGAAUUAAUAAUGUCAUUAAAUAGAAAUUUAAUGCUAAAUAAACGUCGUUCUUCAGCAAAUACACAGGCGCAACACGAUAAAAACUUUAACAACGCCGAUCGUAAGCCGCUGCGCUGUUUUAAUUGUGGUUCAACACAACACAAAAGAGCCGAAUGUAGGGAAGAUACCAAGUGCUUCAGAUGCAAUGGCAGCGGCCAUACAUCCAAAGACUGUGUUGCUGUAAAACAAAGUGUUAAUGUUGUGAUAGAUGAAAAGCGAAUUAAACAGAUGAAAAUCAACAACGAGAUAUUAUCCUGCUUGGUGGACACUGGAUCUGAUGUCUCUCUGAUGAGUAAAGGCGUUUUCGAUGCAAAAUAUAGUAGAUGUUCGCUGAAAAAAAGUUUUACUAGGUUGUUCGGUUUGGGAAAUGUCGCAACAGUUGUUUUGGGUGAGUUUAACGCUGAAGUUAACGUCGACGGGCUGCAUACACAACACACGUUUCUUCUUGUUCCCGAUACGACGAUAAAUGUUAGUGUAAUUGUAGGCUACGAUUUUUUGAAAAAGUUCAGCGUGACUUUAAAUGCUGGUUGUUACACUUUUGCACAAGCGGGCGAGAAAAACGAUUACAAUGUUUACAACGUAGUUGAACAUAAUCCGGAAAUCAACGUAGAACCGAAGUACAGAGAAGCCGUAAAGAAGCUGAUAGACAACUAUAAGCCAUCGAAAGUCCAGUCGAGCUGUCCCAUUAAGCUGAAAAUUGUACCAAACUGCAGCAAUAUCGCCUUCCGUCAAAGUCCAAGUCGUUUAUCAGCACCAGAAAGAGAAGUGGUGCGAAAGCAAGUAAACGAAUGGUUACAGCAGGACAUAAUACGCGAGUCAUUUUCUGAGGUUGCUAGCAAAAUCGUGUUGGCUAAAAAGAAGGAUGGCUGUUACAGGCUGUGCGUAGAUUUUCGCAAGUUGAACACAUUGGUUCUAAAAGAUAGGUUUCCAGUACCAGUCGUAGAAGAAGUCCUUGAAAAAAUACAAAACGCCAAAUACUUUACCGUGAUGGACCUAAAAAAUGGGUUUUUCCACGUCGAAAUAGAUGAAAACAGUCGCAAAUACACGGCGUUCGUUACAAAGGAAGGGCUGUACGAAUUCAAUAGAGCGCCAUUUGGCUUUUGUAAUUCGCCGGCAGUUUUUGUGCGCUUCAUUAAUUAUAUUUUUCAACAAUUAAUAAAUAAUGGCAUUAUGGAAAUUUACGUUGACGACAUUGUUGUUUUUGAGGGAACAGCUGAGCAAUGCUUAGCGAACAUGGAAAUAGUUUUAAAGAGAGCAGAGCAGCAUGGCCACGAAGUCGAAGACGGGCGUGUCUGGCCUGGACAAGAGAAAGUAAAGGCUGUAAAAAAUUUUCCGUUGCCGAAAAAUCUAAGAGAUGUUCAGGCGUUCCUUGGGCUGACUGGAUAUUUUCGAAAAUUCAUUAAAAAUUAUGCCGUAUUAGCCAGACCGUUGACAGAGUUGCUCAAAAAGGAUGCUGAAUUUAAGAUAGCAGGCGUGCAGAUACAAGCAAUCGAUAAUCUAAAGGCGGCUCUUGCAGCAGAACCAGUUUUGAAGAUAUAUAAGCAGAAUGCCAAAACACAGCUCCACGUUGAUGCAUCCAAAAAAGGAUUUGGGGCUACGCUUUUGCAGCAACACGACAACAAAUGGCAUCCUGUUUUUUACUGGAGCAAGAAAACAUCGUCGCAUGAAGAAAAAAUGCAUAGCUAUUUUUUGGAAAUAAAGGCAGCGCAUUUAGCCACGAAAAAGAUGCGUCACUAUCUUAUGGGCAUAGAACUCACUCUCGUAGCUGACUGCGCGGCGUUCAAACAGACAAGCACGAAAAAAGAUAUACCACGCGAGUCUACAGACGCACAAGAAGUUGUCAAACAUAUCGAAUCCAGGACAGCAAUUUUCGGUUGCCCGCAGCGUAUAAUUAGUGACAAAGGUACAGCAUUUACGUCCAAACUUUUUAAAGAGCUCUGUGAGAAUUCAAAGAUCGAGCACGUUGAAACGACAAAAGGUGUUCCGAGAGGUAACGGGCAAGUUGAAAAAGUCAAUCGCGUCAUUAUUUCGGUAUUAGCAAAAAACUCAGCAGCAGAGCCGUCAAAAUGGUAUCAAUACACAUCUCAAGUGCAGCGAGCAAUUAAUGAACAUAUUCACUCAUCUACAAAAUUUACGCCAUUCGAAGUUAUGUUCGGAGUAAAGAUGAGAAACGAAACAGAUACCGAACUUCUAAAGAUUCUACAGGAGGAGUUGCUGCAGGGAUUGCAAGACGAACGUAAUAAAAUCCGUGAAGAAGUCAGAGCACAAAUCCAAAAGGCACAGGAGACUUAUAAAAUCAACUAUGAUAAGAAGCGCAAGGGGCAGCAUGGCUAUCAGUUGUCGGACUUAGUAGCCAUCAAAGUCACUCAAUUUGUAACGGGAAAGAAGCUGACGAACAAGUACAUCGGUCCCUACGAAGUUGUAAAGGUGAAAAGAAACGAUAGGUAUGACGUUAAAAAAGCCGCUGAAUUUCAGGGCCCGCAGCAAACUUCAACCAGUGCCGACUACAUGAAGCUAUGGCGUUACAUCGAAUAA